GGGGCGGCGCCUGGCGACCCUCGCCUGUCUCAGCCCCUCAAGUCAACAAAUAUGGCGGCGUAUAUGGCAAGGGCCAGUUAGUUGAUGUUGUUAUGAGCUGCCCAAUGAGUCCAUAGCCCACUAACUCUACUUUAAGGAAGAUGGCUUCAUGGUGGCCAGGAUGGAGCUGAAAGUGUGGGUAGAGGGUAUUCAGCGCAUCGUGUGUGGGGUCACAGACACCACCACUUGUCAAGAUGUGGUUUAUGCGCUGGCUCAUGCCACCGGGAAGACUGGCCGCUUCACUCUUAUUGAGCGGUGGCGUAACAAUGAACGCCUUUUAGCACCCAAUGAGUACCCACUAAAGAUUCUAAUGAAAUGGGGAGAAUAUUCCAAUGAUGUUCAGUUCAUCCUUCAGCGAUCAGCCCUUGAUCCAAAGACUCCCAAUGGCCCAACUGGCCUUCGACCAGGUAUUCCUCAGAGAGUGGAAACCUCAAGUAGGCCAUCACUCCCUCAGGGCCCACAGGCUGUGCACGACCGACCAAGACAAUCUCCUCAUGUACACAAAGAUUUAAAGAAAUCGCUGACUUUCAGUGGCGGUCAUGCUGAACUUCGGCGACAAGAGGCGGUUUCCUCGUCCCAGCCGGCUGCAGCACCGCCUAUAUUACAGACUGCACCUUCUCAGCCAGGACCCCGUCAUACAGACCUUGUUUAUCCCACACCACCUGUGUCACACUGGGAGGGUCAGGGGUGGAUAGGUGAAGGAAGUAGGACAGAUCAACAGUCUGGAGGAGUUGCUUGGAGACCUCCUGCUCCUCCACCCUAUGAGGUUGUUCGGGGAAACCCCCCUCCCCCUCCGUCAUCUAGAGUUGGAGUAGAUAAUGUUCGGGCCACCACUAGUCACUGGAACACAUCACGGCCUGGUCCCCAUUCGCCUCCAGCAUCAUCUCAUCAAUCAAAUUCAGCUGCCAUCCAUCACUCACCUAGCAGAGCACCCCCAACCAAUGAGCCACCAUACUCAACUGCUAGAAGGGAACAGAGAGCUGAGUCUCAAUCUUUAGCGAAGACAGAGCCUGUUUACAGUGAUGGUAGACGAGCCCCAUUCCCAAGCUAUACACAUCAGGGUAAUAUUGGCCUCUCUGCAGGUCCCCAAUAUGCUUGCCGUGGUCCACCUCCUAGUCAGACAUCCCCCAUAUAUAAUGGUCCACCCCCUCCAAAGCCACCGCAUAUUAUUGGACCAAGGGAGCUCCCUCCUUAUCGUCACCCACCACCUCCAUCUUCAUCUCCAAAUAAAAUCACCCCAACUCAUGGAUCACCGAGGAAAAUUGUGAUUGUUUCUCAGCCUCAACCAGCCUCUAUAACACAGAUGUCACCUACUAAACAGCCUCCACUACUAACAACAACACAAGUGCCACAUUCUACAAGUAAAGUGCCUAAUCCCCAUCAAGUCACCGCGUCGCCACAUUCUUCACCCGUACGUCACCCUUCACCAACACGCCGCCCAUCUCCCACACGCCAUCCGUCGCCAACACGCCAUUAUGCAGUCAAUUCUCAAAAUAUUAAUUCUGCCAAUCAACACAGCAAUGUUAAGAGUGGGAGAUCUAGUAGUCCUGUUAAGAAUACCCCAGUAAGACAUUCUAAUUUUGAAGAUACACCAGGCAGCACCAACCAUGAUAGAUGUAUACCUAAAGGAUCAGAGGAGGAGCCAAAUUGCAGGCAGGGAGAAACCAGUUCAAGGAAAGAGGAUGUUCCAAAAAGUGAUAUUACCAGAGAGAUAUCGCAGUCAGACAUAUUGAAUAACAGUAUUUCAAAAGUUAACUCGGACACACAACUAAAAAUCAAUCAACGUAGGGGAAGUAUGGACAGGCUAGCUUUGGAAGGAGGGAGCGUGCCUGGCCGGCGUGGUACAAGCGAAGAAACCCUGCCUGGUGAGGUGGCCCAUCCAAACAGCAGCGAGCGACUUAACACCUCUCUUGAUUCUACAUUUUCUAAUCAUUGUGUAAAAUCGCCACAUUCACGCCGAAGUCCCGCAAAGGAAUCUGGCAAGUCUUGUAAUGAUGGUGGAAGGCUGAACCAGAGCAGCAAGGUGGAGCAGGUGGUGAUUGAUGGCAAGUAUCGAGAUCUGGUCAAGCUCGUUAACCUGCAGCGGGACAAGUUAAACAACCAACAAGUGGAGAUAACUAAGUAUGAAGCAGAAAUCGCGUAUUUCGAGGGACGAUCACGCGAAGAUGAAUCUCGCCUAGCCUACGUCACAGCAGAGAUAGAGAGGCAAGAGAAGCUAGCACAACAAAUUGACCAAGAGGUAAAUCAUCUGCAACAACUGGAACAGGAAGCAGAGGGAGCGCGGCAAGCCGAGGAUAAGGUUAAAGCCGAAAUCAGUGCACUACAGGCACAGUUGGCUCAUUGUGAAAACCAGUUGGCAGCUCACAGUGAGACCGUCAGGUCAGCUCAGGAGCUGGAGAAAAGCAUGACUGAAGAGAAGCAACGCAGUCAUGAUGAAGCAAAGGCUCAGCAAGAGGCUAUAGUGCGUGAGAUUGAGAAGCUGCAGGCAGCUAUAGCACAAGCUAAUGUACAGGCUGAACAUGCACAGCUUACAUCACAGCAGCUUCUUCAAGAGAUGGCAGAAUCUGAAAAAACGAUUUCCGAGAAGAAAAAGGAAGUGGAAAAGCUGGUAAUGGAGAUGAAAGAUGCAAACUUAGAGUCACUGUCAAUAACUCCAUCAGAGGAGAUUCGCACCCUUUUGGAGGGUAAGACAGGGGCAUCAAAACCUGGUAGCAGUCGUCGCAUGAUAGGGUCUCCAAGACAACUAGAAAAUGCUGUUCCAACAUCAAAGAAUCCACACGGUGUUUGGGUGUAAAACCUGCGCUGUAUACAGCAUCUCUUGGUAAUCAUAUUACACAAGCACUACACACAUUCUCAAGUCAUUUUUCAACUCUUGAUAUUUCAUUUUUUUUUUCUAGGCUCUAGGUGUGUAUACAUUAGAGAUGGUGUGUUUGUCACUCGGUUAUUACUGUAUCUUUAACGAUGGUCAAUUCGUGCUUAGGGAACGUAAAACUCUGAAGACGUGUGAUCUAUGCAGACGAGGAGUCGCAAUAACGUGGCUGAAGUAUGUUGACCAGACCACACACUAGAAGGUGAAGGGACGACGACGUUUCGGUCCGUCCUGGACCAUUCUCACAAUCAACUUGAGAAUGGUCCAGGACGGACCGAAACGUCGUCGUCCCUUCACCGUCUAGUGUGUGGUCUGGUCAACACGUGUGAUGUAUGUUUUGGUGCUCAUGACAUUUUCCAACUUGGAAGAAAAUGAAGCUAACAGUUUUGUCAAAUGUUAUUGUCACUAGGGCUUUUGGCCGUGGUAUAAACAAGUAUCGUCUCUCUUCAGCAUCAGUAAGGAGGAUACACAGGUCUGGAGUUGGGGUAUACCGAAGACGAUGGCAUUUUAUCUUCCUGUCAUUAAAUAUGAUGUGUUGGCAAAGUUUUAUGUUACAUAUAUAAGUAUCAAAUGAAUUACCGUAUAGGAAAAUUGGUGCUGUGCAAAAUAGCAAGGUUCAGUUCUUACAACAGCUGGUUUUGUGGUGCAUUCAUUAUUUGGUUAACAGAAGCAUAUCAUUCACAGCAUUCUUGGGACAUGAGUACAACCUUAAAUGUAUGAAAUUUGUUGCAUUAGGUUGGUAAUUUAUUGUGUGAAUUUGGGAGACUGUGCUUUUUCGUACUAAAAUGUAAUUUAAUGGAUUUUAGAUUAACUUUCAUUUAUAAUGGUUUAUUGAGUUUUGGUUUUGUUUGGCAUUGAUUGCACCUGGAUUCUUUCUCCUGUCAUUUCAUGAACAUUUCCUUUAUAUUCUGAAUAAUAAUAAUAAUUGAUGGUUUUGACAUUUGUUCAUGAGAAAUUGACUGUAUACUAUCAACGGUAUUUCAGCGGUGUAAUGAAUUCAGGUUUGAAGAAACUCAAGUAUUGAUUUUUUUCCCCCUUUUUAAGGUGCACUAUUUUCAAAGUCAUUAUAUGAAGUGAAUUGCACUGCAAGGCUGACACUUUUCUGGCUCUAGUCAUUAUCUCAUCAUGGUGUUUCAUUAUAAGUGAUAUAAUGCUCCUUCUCUAGGGGCUCUGCAGAUUUGGAAUACAUUAUUCAGAAUUUUAACUUCUGGAAAGGUGUGUGUUGGCUUAAUAAUAUUAAAAAUAAAGCCUGCCAAUCACACACAGAGAUCAUAAUAACGUGAUGCAUCAAAUGAACAAAUCCACAAGGGCCGUGACGAG